CCGGCGUCUUUGUACUUCCGGAAUAGUGUUUUGCUAUGCGAAAAACUUUAACUUUAAGUUAAUUCUUAAUAUUACACUUUGCAAAUUUGAUUAAAUUUUGUUGCAUGCUUGGAUAUUCUAGUUUUCUUACAGUUUUACUCAAAAUAUGGGAGACCAGCUCAAAGAACUACGCGAAAAGUCUUUGAAAAGAUCCCAGUUAUCACAGAAGAGGAAAGAGUUACUGGCAAAAGCGUUUGGAGUGGGUUCCCCAGAUGGUUUAAAAUCUGUUCUCAAAACAAAAGACGACCAGGACGAUACAAAGAAGGAGAAACAAGCUGGUGGUGAGUCUAAGGGCUCUGAUGUGAAGAAUAAGACCGAUGAGGAAGAAAAUAAAACACCUUCAGCUGGACCUAGUAAUAAAGAGAAGGAGGGUGAUGAAGAGAAGUUUGAUGAUGAUACGGAGGAGAUGUAUACUGAUUCCAGUACAUUUCUAAAGGGAACACAGAGUGCAAACCCUCAUAAUGAUUAUUGUCAAAACUUCAUGGACACUGGAGAACGACCUCAAAAUUUCAUCAGAGAUGUUGGUUUAGCCAACAGAUUUGAAGAGUAUCCUAAGCUGAGAGAGUUGAUUCGCCUUAAAGAUGAGCUAAUAUCUCAGACAAACAUCCCACCAAUGUAUUUACAGUGCGAUCUAGAAACAUUUGACCUUCGAGAUCUUGGUAGUAAAUUUGACGUCAUUUUGGUAGAACCACCACUCAUAGAGUAUCAAAGAACCAAGGGUGCAGUAUUUGACAAAUACUGGAACUGGGACGAGAUACAGCGUCUUGAUAUUCCUAGCGUAGCCGCACAGAGGUCAUUUCUGUGGAUGUGGUGUGGUAAUGCUGAGGGACUGGAGGGAGGCAGACAGUGUUUGAAACGGUGGGGAUUCCGAAGAUGCGAGGACAUCUGCUGGAUAAAAACCAACAUCAAGAACCCUGGACACAACAAGAAUCUAGAACCAGAUGCCAUCUUCCAGAGAACCAAGGAACACUGCAUCAUGGGAAUCAAGGGCACAGUAAAGCGAAGCACAGACGGGGAUUUCAUUCACGCUAAUGUGGACAUUGACUUGAUUAUUGCCGAAGAACCAGAGUAUGGCUGCAAGGACAAGCCAGUGGAGAUAUUCCACAUCAUAGAACAUUUCUGCUUGGGCAGACGGCGUCUGCAUCUGUUUGGGCGGGAUAGCACAAUCCGCCCCGGGUGGUUGUCGCUCGGACCAGAAAUACAAAGCAGUAACUUUGACGCUGAUGUGUACGCCAAGCUGUUUCCUGAUCAGGACAGCACGUUGACGGGAUGUUCAGAGGAAAUCGAGAGACUGAGACCGAAAUCACCCCAGCCCAAAAACAAACAAGGAAAUAUGGGGGAUAGGGGUAGAGGAGGAAGAGGGAUGGCUCGGGGCGGGCAUAAUAUUCGAAAUAUGAGGGGCGGACAUGUCAUGAGGGGGGCACGGGGUGGAAUGAGAGGGAUGGGUAGGGGAAGUUUCAAGCCAAGAAUAAUGCACGGCCGACCAGAAACUAGAAAUGAUGCGAGAUGAUAGAAUUAAGUGAAUUGCAGUGAUAAAAAGAGAUUAAACAGAGUGGUUGGAAUGUUUAAUUCAACUGUUGUGUACUGGUCAAUGUUUAUUUUGAUCAAUACAUACUAUUAGAACUAAAGGAUUGUAUAAGAUUUGAGAAAAGUCCCACCAAACUAGUGGUAUGGUACUUAAAGAAUUAUAUAUUUGUAAAAAAAAGUGAAUUAAUAAUGCAUAUGCCAGACCAAGGUUCAUUACAUAUACACCCUUUAAAAAGUGCUUAAAAUCGGCCUGAGAUAAACCUGCCUUGAAGUUGAAACAAGUAGGUAUGAAGUGCUGGAGUAGAGGAAACAUUGUUGAGCAUGAAAGCAAUACUGUCUACUGUCAAGUUGGCCUUUUUUCUCUUUUCUUUUUAUACUUUUCUUCCCUUUAAUACAUAUUAUCUCAAACUAUAGUGCAGAUUUGCCUCAAUAUAGUGAACCAUUAUCUAUAACGCAUUCACAACACGUGGGGCUAAGGUUGCUCGAACCCAAAUGUUCGAGAAUGUUCCAAAUUUACCAAGUGGCUGUUGUGUACAUGUAUUUGUAAGAUAUGUUCCUGGGCUCCGUUCCACAAAGUAAUCUUGGUGCCAAGAUCACCCUAAGUGCAUAUGGUCAUUAUGACACCAAUAGAUUGAGUAUACUUUAGGGUUGGAUUUCAAUUACAGUACAAUCUCAUUGGCUUCAAUGCGGAAUGGUUGAACAUACAGCUAUGCUCGAUGUCCCAAAUUUUUCUUUUAAAUGUAGGACCCACAGAGUACUAAAAAUCUGUGUGUGGGUAUACAGCUUCCGUUCUGUUUAUCCAGGAGAUAAAAAUGGGGCCCCAAACUUGUUACUGACAAGCUCACCUGAGAACACAUUGAAUUUUGGCUAUUUAAAUAGAGCAUUUUCCAGCCUCCUGAGCACAAUAACUGGAAAAAGUGAGGGGUAUAAUGACUCCUGAAAUAAAUCAAACCAUGCUAGCUGUAAAUUGCUAGCCUUCUGUUGCACAGUAAUGUUAAUUCUGUCGGAGGGAAGGCCGUUUCACAAAAACCUGUUAUUCAUUAAAUUUAAAAUGGCAACAAUACAGCCUUUCGUGUCACAAUUUCACUCAUUUGACAACUGACCAAUCACUCGGUCACAUCAUUGCCUUGGACUAUUGUAUAACUAACUGAAAGGCAGAUUGAUUGGUUUGCAUUGUUUUAACAAUGCCAUUUAUAACACUUUAUGUUCCUGCAAGUGGCAUUAACUUGAACAUGAAUAGAUCUGAUGCAAUGGUUGAACAAGGCAUCUCAAGUUUUUACCUCUGUUAACCAUAUUGCUUGGUUACACUAGUACAAAAUAAUUUAUGUUUUGCAAAUAUAAUUUGGUUAAUCAUUGGGCAGUGUUACCAAAAUGUCCAAAUGCUAGGUUCAAAGUAGCCGAGUCAGACAAAUUAAGAUGCCCCAAUGAGAUUCUACUGUAAAUUGUUAAUGGUGUGUUGAUCCAGAGAGAUUCUACUGUAAAUUAUUUUAUUAGUUUUCUUUUGCCAGUGGGAAAUAAUUAUGUAAGUUUACACUACAUUGUUGGUGCAGGCAAUAAAAAUAGCACAAUGCAGUUUCGACCAAAGUUGGCCAUGUAAUAAAACUAUUUUUUUAAUACAA